ACCACAAAUGUGCUUGUGAGAAUAUAUAGGGGGGAAAAUGCAGAAAUUGUAGAAUUUUGUUCCCCCCAGAUGACCCAACCAAAAAAAGACAAAUUCUUGGCUGAAGACUUUUGCGCGUGCGCAGUGACUCUAUGACCUCGUCUUUAAAAAAAAAGAAACGAGACAAUAGAAAAAGAAAGUACUCCUCGAAAGUACAAACACGGACGUUCACCGGUACCACUAAGCAAAGUGGCCGUAGCAAGUUAAUGGGAGGGGAAACAGUGUUAGAUGUUUCAAAUAUGUCGAUGAAACUGCUGAUCUAUUCGUCGUUAUUUCUUCUCACAGUAGACGCAGCGUAUUGGUAUGGCGACUAUACAUUAAAAGCUUGCAACUAUCCAAACAGAAAGUAUUAUCAAUGCUCUUCAACAGAAAUUUCCAAAUGUUUCUUGUACAAUAGAGUCAAUGAGAACAUUAGGUGAUAAAAUCUUAAACAAAGCACUACCAAAAAUUGGAACAAAAAGCCUCUUCACAAAGGAUUUAGAAGUAGCCUUAGAUGAAGGAAGAGUUAAUUUUCUGGUCCAUUCAUUAAAAGAUUUACCCACCUCACUUCCAGAUGGAAUGGCCAUUGGAGCUAUUUAUGUUCGUGAUGACCCGUAUGAUGUUGUCUUGUUCCACCCAAAAUACAAGAAGCCAAUUUCUUUGAAGGAAUUGCCUGAUGGCAGUGUUAUUGGCACCAGUUCACUACGCAGAAUUGCACAAUUGAAAAGAUGUUACCCACAUCUUAUAUUUGAGAGUAUUCGUGGAAAUUUGAACACAAGACUGAAGAAACUUGAAGAAGAUGACAAGUAUGAUGCCAUUGUUUUAGCUGGAGCUGGAGUCCAGCGAAUGAAGUGGACUGAUAAAAUUGGCCAGGUUCUUCACAAAGAUGAUUGUUUGUAUGCUGUUGGUCAGGGUGCUCUUGCAGUUGAAGUUAAAACCAAGGAUACUGACCUUUUCCCUCUUUUUUGGUCCUUAACGGACGUGGAGACGUUGCUGUGCUGUGUGGCUGAGAGGAUGUUUCUUCGAAAACUGGAAGGUGGCUGUAGUGUUCCUAUUGGCGUUUGGUGCACUUAUGAAAAACCGAAGUUUGAGAUGAUUGGUGCAGUUCUAAGCCUCGAUGGGUCAAAAUGCCUAAAGAGAACUCUCCAUGCAGAAAUAGAAUUACCAAACAAGAAAAGCGACAACUACAUUGUAACAGAGUCUAUGGUUAUCAUUGACUCGGUUUUAGAGCGCGCUGUUUUAGCUGCCGAGGACGUUGGCUUGAAGCUAGCAAAUGAGUUAAAGGAAGAUGGAGCAUGUGAGAUACUGCAGCAAGCCAGGGAACAGAUAUCGCUUGCCCAGAAUGAUUUACGUCUCCCAAAAAGUGACUAGAACUGUUGUGUGUUUAUAGUUUGAUUAGGGAACUGCGUGGAAAAGGAUCUUCCAGACAGUCGCAAUUCCCAAGGUAUAUUGAAGCUGCUCAGAGUACUUUUGGUGAUCCCGAUUGGUCCAGGUCACGAUUUGAUUGACAGAUGAAGAUUGACAUGCUUAUUCUGACCAAUCAGAUUAGUCAAGAACGUUUAAUUGGCUCAUCUAGUCACUGUCUUGGAAGCGGGUUAUCCUGUUAUGGUGCUGAACCUUGGGUUUAGUGUUGCUUCACCGUACUGCAUUUAAUACAGUAUUGCUGACCAAUUUAUUAUUGUCCUUUAUAUUCUUGAUUUGUUGCUGAUGGAUUGGUAACCUAUCUAAAAUUUAAUCACGA